AGAGGAGAGGAGGAGAGAGCAGAGAGAGAGGACGGUGUUUUAUCAGCCAAGUGCAGCCUGAAUCGUGAGGAGCGGACGAUGGGGGCAAAAAAUCCCACUCUUGUUUCUUUUUCUCCAACAUCAGCGUCAUUAACAUGUAGACCGGCGCGCGUCAAAAAGACCCGGAGCGUAAUGGCAUUCGCUGUCUAGGAGACUAUCAUUCUAAUUAUAGUUGUGAAUAAAAACAUCAUUCUGGAUUAACAGCGGACUUGUUUUUUGGGACCAAAAGGGUUUUCCUUAAUUUGUUUCCGCGCGUGUGUCAAUGUUGGACCGCAUUUAACCCGAGUUUCUACCCUGUGGAGUGAAAAAGUGCGCCAGUCUUAUUUCCCAGGCUUAUUUCCAACGCUUGAGCGUCGGGAUUUUUCUUUUCUUUUUUUCUUUUUUUGGAGAGGGGGCUAUGUGGCUUUUGAAAGGAAUGCACCUUAUCCUAACGGGACAUAACGCACAGAGGAAUAUUGUCUGAGGUGGGGGAAAGGAGCAAGCGGACGUGAUCCUUCCUUCACGGGGACAGACUUCGGAUUCGACCAAACUACUUUGAGGAUAACCACUAAGAACCACUGCACCACUACUCCUGCUUCCGCUGCUGUACAUGGCAGUCGACUCACCUUAAAACGAUGAAAACCCUCAUCACUGACUGGCUUGUCUACCUUCUGAAAAGUGGAGCUUAAAGAUGGUCUUUUUAGUGGUUUCGUCUUAAUUACAGUGGUUGUUGAGAGGACCUUUUUGAGGAAUAUUUUCCAUAUUGUGAGGAAUAUUUCUCAAAUUUCCAUUUAUCAAACUUGAGAAAACUGAUGGCUGCUACAUUUCCACCGGAUGGUUUGCACUGCUUGGAUUUUAAAAAGGAUCAUUAGCAACCACGACCCCCUGUCUGCUCCGGAGUUACCCCCUUGCUUAUGCCUGUGAGUGAAUGUGAUUUUAGUGUGACUGUGUGGUUGUGUUUGCAUCUGCAUGGCGUAAGUGAGAGAUUUAAAGUAAGGAUUUUUUUACUCUGAAAGGACAAGAGAGGAAGUAAAGAAGUUGAAAGCAAGGAGUUGCAACUAUGUCCCAGUGGAGGCACCAUUCGAGGACUGGGUGUCGACUACUUCAGACUGCCAAGAGCGGGAGCAGGAUGAUGGGAUACGUAGGGCUUGAAGGUUCCUUAAGCGCCGGUCGGUGGGUGUCCUCUCUAAUAUGGCUGCUGCUGCUACUGCUGCUGCAGGCCUCUCCGGCCGCCGUGUCGGCCCAGAAACUCGACGAGAAUGACCCAGUGGUCACCACCACCUACGGCAAGCUGCGUGGCGUCAAGAAGGAGCUCAACAAUGAGAUCCUGGGUCCUGUCGUGCAGUUUUUGGGCGUCCCAUAUGCCGCCCCGCCCACUGGUGAGCGCCGCUUCCAGCCGCCUGAGCCACCAGCGUCGUGGCCGGAGAUCCGCAACGCCACACACUUUGCCCCUGUGUGCCCUCAGAGCAUCGUGGAGGGCCGCCUGCCAGAUGUGAUGCUGCCAGUGUGGUUCACCAACAGCAUUGAUGUGGUGUCCACAUACGUCCAGGACCAGAGCGAGGACUGCCUCUAUCUUAACAUCUAUGUCCCCACUGAGGAUGUCAAAAGAAUAUCCAAGGAAUGUGCCAGGAAACCGGGCAAGAAAAUAUGUAGACAAGGAGGUCCCCUUACAAAGAAACACACUGAUGAUUUAGGUGAUAGUGACCGCACGGACGACGAAGACAUUAGGGAAAGUGGAAGCCCCAAACCGGUCAUGGUUUUCAUCCACGGGGGCUCCUACAUGGAAGGAACUGGGAAUAUGUUUGACGGCAGCAUCCUGGCCAGCUAUGGGAAUGUGAUUGUCAUAACUGUCAACUACCGGCUGGGCGUCCUAGGGUUCCUGAGUACAGGUGACCAGGCAGCCAAAGGGAAUUACGGUUUGCUGGACCAGAUCCAGGCUCUGCGUUGGACCAGUGAGAACAUUGCAGCCUUCGGCGGCGACCCGUUACGUAUCACUGUGUUCGGCUCAGGCGCCGGAGCUUCCUGUGUCAACCUGCUCACACUGUCUCACUACUCGGAGGGCAACCGCUGGAGCAACUCCACCAAAGGCUUGUUCCAGAGGGCCAUCGCCCAGAGUGGCACAGCUCUGUCCAGCUGGGCCGUCAGUUUUCAGCCAGCCAAAUACGCCCGGAUGCUGGCCCGUAAGGUGGGCUGUAACCUGGAGGACACAGUAGAGCUUGUUGUGUGCCUUCAGAGGAAACAUUACAAGGAGCUGGUGGAUCAAGACAUCCAGCCAGCACGCUACCACAUCGCCUUCGGGCCUGUUAUUGAUGGAGAUGUUAUACCUGAUGACCCUCAGAUACUCAUGGAGCAAGGUGAGUUCCUCAACUAUGAUAUUAUGCUGGGAGUUAACCAGGGUGAGGGCCUUAAGUUCGUGGAGCUCAUCGUGGACAAUGAAAACGGCGUUCAGGCUAACGACUUUGACUACGCCGUGUCCAGUUUCGUGGAUGAUCUCUACGGCUACCCAGAGGGUAAAGACAUCCUCAGAGAGACCAUCAAGUUCAUGUACACAGACUGGGCCGACCGGCACAACCCAGAGACCCGCCGGAAGACACUGCUGGCCCUUUUCACCGAUCACCAGUGGGUGGCACCAGCUGUCGCCACAGCUGACCUGCACUCAAGCUUUGGGUCACCGACAUACUUCUAUGCCUUCUACCACCACUGUCAGACGGAACAGGUACCACCGUGGGCAGACGCAGCACACGGUGAUGAGAUCCCAUAUGUGUUUGGCCUGCCGAUGAUAGGACCAACAGAGCUGUUUCCCUGCAACUUCUCCAAGAACGAUGUGAUGCUCAGUGCUGUGGUCAUGACCUACUGGACAAACUUUGCCAAGACAGGGGACCCAAACCAACCUGUCCCCCAGGACACCAAAUUCAUCCACACCAAGCCCAACCGCUUUGAAGAAGUGGCAUGGACACGCUACAACCAGAAGGACCAGCUGUACCUGCACAUUGGCUUGAAGCCCAGGGUCAAAGAGCACUACCGUGCUAACAAGGUCAACUUGUGGUUGGAGCUGGUUCCUCAUCUGCACAGCCUCAAUGAGGUCACCCAGCUCAUCCCCACCACCACCAAGAUUCCUCCACCUGAGGCUACCAACCGCACCCCGAAGACCAAAGUUCUGGUGACCAAGCGCCCUAACCCAACUCCAUUCCCCACCGAGACCCAGGACAGCCACAACCAACCGCACCUGGUGGACCAGCGUGACUACUCCACUGAGCUAUCUGUGACAAUCGCCGUAGGAGCCUCCCUGCUCUUCCUCAACAUUCUGGCAUUUGCCGCACUGUAUUACAAGAAGGACAAGCGCCGGCAUGAUGUCCACAGGCGCUGCAGCCCCCAGCGAAGUGCCGCCAACGACCUGGCUCACACUCAGGAGGAGGAGAUCAUGUCCCUGCAGAUGAAGCAACACUCAGACCUGGACCGGGACUGCAGGGGGGUUGGUGACUCCAUGCACCCGCAUGACAUGGUGCUGAGGACUGCCUGCCCGCCGGACUAUACUCUGGCCAUGAGGCGCUCGCCGGACGACAUCCCACUCAUGACGCCAAACACCAUAACCAUGAUCCCGAGCACCAUGGGGGGGCUCACUUCGCUCCACUCUUUCAACACCUUCCCCAGCAGCGGGCAGAAUAACACCCUGCCCCACCCACACCCACAUUCACACUCCACCACCCGGGUAUAGCCUUGUGUAUGCACCCAGCAGGCAGGACUCUGAUGGCUGAGGCAAAAUCUAACGCCGCUGCUGCAGCAGAGACUUAAGGCCGUCAUGCUGACAAAUGCAGAUAUGUCAGGAGCUGAAACGCCAGCCUGGAGUUGCCAGACACCCAUGGAAUUACACUGGGAUUGUACGACAGCCUGUUAAUACCUGAGGGAAUAUAGUCAAGGGAUUUCUGGGGGUUCGGACCAGAGGAUAAAAAAAAAAAAAAGAAUAAUUAUGUUUUUGUAGAAAAAUCAAAAGAUAAGAAGAAAAAAAGUACAAAUAAGGAGUUGAAGAAAAACAACCUUACAAGCUUAAACAGGAGGAGGAUGUUUUUUUAUUCUUAUUUUUGUUCUGAUAUUGCAGCAAAACAAAGUACAGUAAACUACUUUUUCUUUCUAGCGACAGAUAUGGCCUUCGGGAUCUUUUGACAAAUGACUGCUUGACAGUAUUAUCUGGAAGCAGAACAGAGCAUCAGACACGCCUCGGAGGUGAGAAGAGGGGAGCACUUUGUAAAAGACAGAAAACAUAUUGUUUUCCUUUGGCAUCGCACUGCAGAUUACUCUGUUUGUGGGGCACAGAGUAGAUGCAGAGCAAACCAAUUUAGGCAUGUGUUAACUUCAUAAAUGGAGGCUAUGUAAGAUAAAGCAAAAAACAAUUGUUGAGUAGGGCAAAGGAAGGACUCAAAACUUCAAGGAUAAAAGAAACCCUGUAUGCACAAUGGAACCAUUUUGAGGGGAAAAAAAUGUCUACAGAUACUUUUCAUCCAUUUAUUUUUGAGGAUUGGGAACAAUUUUAUUGUAUAGAACCUAUUUACAUAUCUAGAUCUGUACACUAAGCACCAAGGCUGUUUAAGCCCUCUUCUCGUGGGGGGCGUCUAUACUGCAAACCUGCCAGCAGGACUGAACCAGUGGGAAGUGGGGAUCCACCUACUGGCUUUCUGGCAGUUCCAACUUCAACACAGAGAGCUGGGGGACAAAGGAUAAUUGGAUAUUUUAGCACGAUGCGCAUGACAAUUUAUCUGCUUGAUGGCUGCUCUGCUGAUUAUGUCAUUAUUAAGAAUAAUUUUCACCCUCUCCCUUGCAUUGGAGCAAUUUCAGACGGAUUUCCUGAUUGGAUUACAGGAAAAUACACUCCCUCGCAGGACCAUGGGAAAUGCAGUUCCAGGUUGUGGAUGUUGUGGGCUCGAGUUGGGCACAGAAAGGGGAGGGGCCGGGGAUAUGGUAAAACUUUCUUGCAUAACAUAAUAUAGCUUGAGUGGAGCUGGGCAUAUAAGGACUAGUUUUGUACUCUGUGUGUUGGUACUACUUUUUGAUAGUGGUUAAAUCACAUUACACUGUAUCAAUCAAACUCAUCGUACCUUCAGUUGAGAUCAGUGUUCUUUGCUAUUCUACCUAUUGGACCACUUUACCGUAUAGAAGUAAUUACCUGCACUGUUUAUUCCAUUGCCCAUUUUUCUUUUUGUUAACAGGAAAGUGUGUUGAUUGAGUGUCACAGUGGAUGCCCAUUGUUAUGAAAAAAAUGGAAGGAGAAAGUAUUGAAUCUCUGGGCUAUGUAGCUUUUCUUUUCUGUUAUCCAGCCAGGUUCUGCAGAGCUGUUUAAACAUGAACAUGACUAAUACAAGUCAAAGGCCAAGCACAGACAGAUCACAUUGAGUGGAACUCUCUGGAAAUGCACAGCAGGUGGAUGGGAGGAAGAGCUAGGGUCAGGGUAGGUCAAUUCCCAUGAUGCACUCUUUAUUUAGUUUUCAUCAUUGUUGGAGGCACAUUGUGUUAUGGGAAAGAAGAAGAAGACAGGCCUCCCUUAACAGCUGAGACCCACAGUCAACCCUCUUUACCUCUAACUUUAAAGAGCUACUACCUUUCUUCUUUUGGCCCCACUCUUUUUCUACUAAAGAUCCUCUACUGUUUUAUCUUUUAUACUGAGCUGACAGGUUGGACUGUUUAGCAAAACGGUUUCCCCUCACGUCCACACCUCCUUCAGUUUACCGUCUCUUGUAAGGCUGUCUGCCAUCGCUAACAUCUUUAGGUCAGCGAAGCCUCGGUAGCUAACAUCGUUAGCCACCAGAGUAGGAGUGUGUCAUACAGCAAAGCAGACUGCAGUCGGAUCCAGUCGCUUAAGAGUCAUUGCUGGGGUAAAGUGGUGAGCAUCAAAACAGACAGAGAGAGGAAUACCCUGGAUGGCGAGCCUAUUGUGCUCAGAUAUAAGAUCUGUAUUCUGGCGCAGGGAUGCCACUUGGUAAGCAGCAAUGCUUGUCUCCCUGUUUUCCCUUCACUAAAGUGUAUAUGUGUAGGCCUCUGUUGUGAGAAUACAUCCUGCCCCUUUUGGCUGGCUCACAGGCACUGUGCAGUCAUUCAAAGUAAUGAGUGCAGACUACUGUUACCCCGUAUAACACUGCAGCAGACAAGCUGGAUGAGGGGAUGAAAUCUAGUCUGUCAUAGGGAGUGUUGCUUUUUGGGAUAAGAUUAAAAUUGAAUAAACUAAUUACAUCUGUUGGCUCCAGAUUGUUUCUCUGGAUGAAAUGAACCAGCAGGGCUUGAUCUGGGAUUUAAACACAAAAAGAAGAUUCUGAGGCUAUUAUCACACAUCAUCCUCAUGGGCCAGGGACUUUUUUUAAUGCCCCUUUUCUAUAAAAACAAGCCAACAACAUAAAAAAGUGUGCAUUUCAGAAUCUGGUGACAAUUUGUCCAGUAGGUUCUGUUGGCAAUGCGUCGACAGGCCACUCACUAGCUUUCUAGCUUGAGCACUCACCUCGCCCUUUUACUGAUUGCCAACGCACAUAAACACACAUGCAAAUGAAAACACAUGUGUGCAAACACCCUCACACAGAACCAUGUGCUAAGUAAUUAGGCCUGGGCUUUCCGAGUGUUUUGCUCUCUACUCAAGAUAUUGUAUAUAGACUAACACCCUGAUUGCCCGCACUUGGACUCAAGAUUUAUAUGUCCCAUAUAAAAAAACUAGAUGACCUUGUUUUUGUAACCCAAGCCAAUGGCUGAAAUACUUUUCACAAGAUGUGGAGGUGGACCUUGGAAGAAAAUGAAAUGCUGAUGUUGGCUGGGUAGCCUACUGUCAGUGCCGCAAGACAAUAUAAUGACCAAGAAAUUCUUAAUACAUAGAUCUUUCUAUGCUGGGAUCAGACUAGAUUUCACGAUGUGAAAAAUUAUCCUGUCCAAAUUAAAAGCAAUUCACAAUAUUAUCCUGAUAAUCAUCAAUAUGCUUCAAAUCUUAAAAUGGCCUACAUUGAGUUAAUAAACAAUUUUAUUGCAUCACAGAUGGGCACCUCAUCUCAAUGUCAUUCUUUAGUUCAGAAUCCAAGGCUCCACCUUGUAGCAAUUCCAAAUAAUCAGGAAUGCAAAUUCGAACUGUAUGGUAGCGAAAUAGACAGCUUUUUUAAGUCACAAACAUGAGGAUAUUCAAUAAUU